ACGUCACAAAGAUGGCGGAUUAGCUCACGACAUUGUUCCCGCUACAUCAGGUGCCAAUGUUUGUAGUCCUGCUCGCAUUCAGCUGCCUCGUCGUGCUACCCACACACGCAGGCGAGCAUGACGUCAGCAAAUACUUCAUCGUCUGGAAAGAUCCUCCGGAUUUACCACCAGUUCAUAGAACUUGCGUCAUAGCAACCCAGUCGCAGACACUCGUCAAACUCUGCUCCUAUGUGUGGGGUAUAGAAAUCGUGGAUAGACAAUCCAACAUAAGUCGCACCGUACACAAGCAUGAUUGGUGUUCAUUACACAAAAGGGAGAGCUGGAGCAACGCGUCAGUAAAGCUGAUCAAGCUGGAGUCGACGAACCCCGUGACUCUCAGCGUCGUGCUGAGGUUUGGGAUCGUCCUGGGUUCGUUCCUGGUACCUCCACGGGCAGCCUGGGACAACACGUACUACACAGUGCUGACCGCGUCAAGCCCCAGCCUGCUGUUACUCAGUGAUGACGACAUUUUGGUCAACGUGGAGGAGCUGGAGAGAGAUGACGUCAUACAGCAGGACAAAACGUCAACCACUAGUCUAUCGAGGUAUUUGCCGAGUGAGUUAACUUUCACGAACGUGCAAAAGUUGGUUGUGUCGCUCAAGUCUGAAGGUCAGUUCAUGGUGGCUGCUGUUAGCUGUACCAAGCACGACAAAUACACGGGAUGUUACACCUCAGAAGUGUAUCUAGGCCGGCGUCACUACGGCCUGAGUCACGUACUGCUCGAGGCGUCAGCUGACACGGAGUCAUUCUACCUGACAUCCCCCACCCGGGGUAACUUCCUGUUGGACCGUCAGGUCGUGGGCCAUCUGACGCAGCUGACAUGGAGUCAGACCCACAGCGUCAUAAGCAGGGAGCUGAGUCAGUGUAUGCUCCAGAUCCCACGGGCCGCCCUCGAUCUCUGCACCGUCAUCCCCGUCAGGCUCUGGUCCAUGCGAUAUCUAGUCAUAGUUCCAGUGGUACCGGAAGCGGACAGUCAGGCAUUUCUCCACGUGACAUUCAAAAAGGGCUGCCAGGAGAAGAUCAUUUUAGGGACCAACAAUAUAACCAACAUAUUGUCGGACAGGUCCGAGACACCAGAGCUGGGCAUGGUGUCCGGCUUCCUGAAGCUGGAGGAGCCGUCAGUGGAUGUGUACACGGAGGAGCCCGGCUGUAACUUUAUCGUCUACCUAUUGGGCAAAGAGGACAACAACACAGUCUACAUAUUCCCGCUUGGCUUUGAGGAUACCGGGGUGGAGCCAUUUACCAUGAAGCCUGCUCCCACCACUACAGAAAGUCUAAUGACCAGCCGGAGCGAUGGAGGAGUUACAACUUCAGUUACAGGUCCUCAGCUCUGCAUGCCAGGCAUGUACGGGCCUACAUGUCAAGACGAGUGCCAGUGUGACGGGCAGGCCUGUCGUCAGGACGGUAAAUGCUCCAACACCGGCUGUGGGGUCGGGCAAUACUCGGGGUCAUGUCUCUCAGCCGACGCUCUGAUCUUCGCGAGCUCCGUCUCACCUGCGGCCCUGGCUGACUGGGACAAGUCCACCUGCACCCACCUGGUCGCCGACACCAUCCACAUCCGGUUCCCAGAGGUCUUCCCCCUCGAGUCUUUCACGCUGGUCUUCCAGAGUCAAGCCCAUGUGACACAAAUGUCGCUCAAGUUCGAUUUAAACAGUAAGGACGAGUACCGGGGGGACAUGGAGACGGCUGACCACACCCGCGUGACCUUCAAGUUCUACCCCACCCUCCUCAGCUCGCAGUACUUGAUCACAGUUCGCACCGACACGAUGCUCUGCUCCAUGCACGUCUACGGGGGUCAUGAGGUAACAGGCCUGACGGCAGACAUUUUGACCAAUGGGGUCAAGGCCGAGCAUCUGGAGAGCCAGGCAAACAAACUAGUUAAGGACACGCCAACCUUGGCACAGUGUAUUGACCUUGACCCCAACAUUUUCAUGGUGACCAUGCCCUCAUGGACACACAUCAUAAGAAUCGUCGUCUACACUAAAGAGCCUAGCUCAGCUGAAGCGGCGCUGCGUGGCUUCAGGGAGAUGGAUGUUGUACUCCAACUGAGCCGGACAUUACGUCACCAGGUCAACCACAUCUACGUCAUGACCGCAUUGGAUCACCUCGAGAUCUCGGUGACGUCAGGAAACGUCACCUUGUGCGGGGUCAAAUUUUUCCAAAGUGCUGCUAAUCAUGUCGAGGUCAACACAACUGACCUCUACACCACUGACCUCUGGCGACAGACGAACACCGCCACCGCCCCCCAGAUCUUCCACUCCACGGCCAAAGACGCGAUGACCUUGGAGCGGAUCAUGGCCUACUUCUCCAUAGCUUUCGCGAUGGCCAUCUUGGUGUUCGCCUGCCUGGUCUGGUAUUUCAGGAAUCGAUUCGUUUGAUCGCUGUAUCGAUACUGUUUUAUAUGGGGCGAAUAUUGUGAUCGCCGUAUCGAUACUGUUUUAAAUGGGGCGAAUAUUGUGAUCGCUGAAUCGAUAUUUUUAUAUAUGGAGCGAUUCGUCUGAGUGCUGCAUCGAUACUGUUUUAAUUGAAGCGAUUGGUCUGAUCAUCGUAGCGAUACUGUUCAAGUAUCCGAACAUCGUGUAUUAAAUAACA